AUGGCGGAGGGUUCUUCUUACGGAUUGCGUCGUCCAUUAGAUUUAAUUGUUUUUUCGACGCGAUUUCUUGCUGCUGAGCUUCAGCUGUUGAACUCUGUUUCUUUUGUUGAGUGGAUUCCUGUUAUUGGUCUAAGUGUCUGGCCACCAAGUGGUUCGCUUUUUCUUUUUGAUAGAAAGGUUUUGAGAUACUUUAGAAAGGAUGGACAUAAUUGGAGAAAGAAAAAGGAUGGAAAAACUGUGAAAGAAGCUCAUGAAAAGUUGAAGGUUGGAAGUGUUGAUGUGUUGCACUGCUACUAUGCCCAUGGAGAAGAAAAUGAAAAUUUUCAAAGGCGAAGCUACUGGAUGCUUGAACCGGAGAUGAUGCACAUUGUAUUUGUCCAUUACUUGGAAGUUAAGUCAUACCCAUGGAAGGUUGGUGUAGUGGCCGUAGCAGACAGACCAAAUAACAGGCUGAAUAGUGGCCAUAGUGGGUGUUAUACUGGCACUAUGUUGAUUCCAAAAAUCCAUCUGAACAGAGACAUUAGGGCUAUUAUGGGUAACAAAAAUAUUGUAGUAAAUACUGAAGGUGAUGAGGUCCCAUCAGAUUCCCAAAAGGUAACUUCUCCAUCAUCUAGCCUUCCCACACAUCAUAGCGGUGUUACUUCACUUAGCACAGAUUCUGUCAGCCCAUCAAACAGUUUGAUGUCUUUACGUGAAGAUGCUGAUUCUGAGGAUCUUCACCAAGCUAGUUCUGGGUUGCGCCCAUUACACAAUUCACAACAUAUGACGAAUGGUCCUUUGACGGAAAAGACUGAUGCUGGUUUGAACAGUUCAUAUCAUAUGCAUCCCUUUUCAGGUGAUCAUGGACAGUCAUCAAUUUCUGGAACAGAUUAUAUCCCAGUUGUUCAUGGGGAUGAAUUUAGAGGAAAUGACACAGCUUAUUUUGAUGGUGAGAGAACACAUGUCUCGGCUCCAUGGGACACCGACUUGCAAAGCACUGCCAAAUUGCAUAAUGAUCCUUCUCUUCAAUCAUUUCCUUCCAUCCCAUCUAGUUCAAUGGGUAACGCCUUUGAACAAGAACAUACCAAUUUUGGUGUCCUUUUGACGUGCAAAAGAGGUCUCACUGAGGAAGAAGAGAGCUCUCACGGUUUCCAAUCAAGUUGGCAGAUGCAGAUUCCUUUUGAAGACAAUUUAGGAGACAUGCCAAUGUUAACCCAAACCCAAACCCAAUCAUUUGAUUUGCAAUUUGGAUCUGAUUAUGACACCGGUAUACUGGGGAAUGAAACUCAUAAUGCAAGUUCUGGAAUUUCUCCGAUCAUAUACAGUUUUCAUGGUGAACCAAAAGAGCAGCUUAUUCAGAAACACUAUCCACAAGAGCAUGCAGAUGGACAAUCUCAACAUGCUCUAAAAUCCAAUUCUGCAAAUAAAGUUUUUGAUGAAGAAACUAUCAAUUAUGGCUUAACUGUGAAGCGCACAUUAUUGGACAAAGAUGAGAGCUUGAAGAAGGUUGAUAGCUUCUCUCGGUGGGUUACUAAAGAACUUGGAGAGGUGGCUGAUUUGAAUAUGCAGUCCACACCUGGUAUCUCAUGGAGUACGGAUGAAUGCCAGCAUGUGAUAGAUGAUGCUUCAUUGAGCCCAUCAGUCUCUCAGGACCAAUUGUUUAGCAUCAAUGAUUUUUCUCCUAAAUGGGCUUAUGCUGAGUCAGAUAUUGAGGUAUUGAUUAUUGGAUCAUUUUUGAAGAGUCAACCAGAGGUGACAACAUGUAACUGGUCCUGUAUGUUUGGGGAAGUUGAGGUUACUGCUGAGGUUUUAGCUGAUGGAAUUUUGUGCUGUCAAGCUCCGCGUCAUAAAGUUGGACGGGUUCCAUUCUAUGUAACAUGUUCCAAUAGGUUAGCUUGCAGUGAAGUGCGGGAAUUCGAUUUCAGAGAAGGCUUUGCUGGAAAUGUAGAUUUUGCUGAUUUUUAUGACAGUUCCACUGAAAUGCUGCUUCAUUUGCGACUGGAGGAUUUUCUUACUUUAAAGCCAGUGGACCCUUCAAAACAUUCUUUUGAGGGUGAUAUGGAGAAAAGGAACUUAAUUUUCAAGCUUAUUUCACUGAGAGAGGAAGAGGAAUAUUCCAUUAAGGAUGAAGCAACUACAGAAUUGGAUAUAUCCCAACACAUGGUGAAGGAGCAUCUGUUUCACAGGCAAGUUAAAGAGAAGCUGUACUCAUGGCUUCUUCACAAAGUAACUGAGAGUGGUAAAGGACCAAAUGUAUUAGAUGAGGUUGGGCAAGGUGUGCUACAUUUAGCAGCUUUUCUUGGUUAUGAUUGGGCCAUAAAUCCAAUUAUAUCUGCCGGAGUAAAUAUCAAUUUCCGAGAUGUGAAUGGAUGGACAGCUCUUCAUUGGGCUGCAUUCUGUGGCAGAGAGCGGACAGUUGCUUUCCUGGUCUCCAUGGGAGCAGAUUGUGGAGCACUGACAGAUCCAUCUCCUGCAUUUCCGUCUGGUAGAACAGCUGCAGAUCUUGCCUCUGGGAAUGGGCACAAAGGAAUCUCUGGUUUUCUUGCUGAAUCUUCAUUAACCCACCAUCUUGAAACCCUCAGAAUGGAUGAUCAAAAAGGUGGUCGGGAAGAAAUUCCAGGAAUGAAAGUGGUGCAGACAGUUUCAGAACGAACUGCAACACCUUUGCUCUUUGGUGAUAUGCCAGAUGCCCUCUGCCUCAAGGAUUCGCUUACUGCUGUGCGGAAUGCAACACAAGCUGCUGAUCGUAUACAUCAAGUAUUCAGAAUGCAGUCAUUUCAGAGGAAGCAGUUAACUCAGUAUGAAGCUGAUGAUGAGUUUGGAUUGUCAGAUCAGCAAGCUCUUUCCCUUCUAGCUUCUAGGGCAUGCAAAUCUAGACAAGGAGAUGGUUUAGCCAAUGCUGCUGCAAUACAGAUACAGAAAAAGUUUCGUGGUUGGAAGAAGAGAAAAGAAUUCUUGAUGAUUCGGCAAAGAAUUGUUAAAAUCCAGGCCCAUGUAAGAGGUCACCAGGUACGGAAACAGUAUAAAACAUUCAUCUGGUCGGUGGGAAUCCUAGAGAAGGUCAUAUUACGUUGGAGGCGCAAGGGUAGUGGUUUACGUGGAUUUCGACCAGAUGCCCUUAAUAAAGUCCCCAGUCAAGAAAAUGAUUCUCAGAAAGAGGAUGAUUAUGAUUAUCUCAAGGAGGGACGGAAACAAAAGGAAGAGAAGAUCCAAAAGGCCUUAUCGAGGGUGAAGUCCAUGGUUCAGUAUCCAGAGGCACGCGCCCAAUACCGGCGUCUGCUAAAUGUUGUCGAGGACAUCCGUCAAACCAAGCCAUCUAACGAGGGUUUGACCAAUUCUGAAGAGACAGCUGAUGGUGUGGAGGAUUUGAUUGAUAUUGAUAUGCUUUUAGACGAUGACAAUUUCAUUCCUAUAGCAUUUAACUGA